ACGGCUACAUUCUGCUGUGAGCCUCAACUCUUCACAGAAGGUGUCCUCGUCCUGACUGAUACCUCAGACACUGAAGUUGACUCAGACAUUUUUGAUGAACUUGUAAGGUCUGGGGUUCGAGCUUUCAGGGUUGGAUACCAAAAGCAGCUAGCAACAGAUAUUGAGAUCAGUUUGGUUGAAGAUGAAUCAGAAUCAUCAGUGCAGGCCAACCCUCUUGUCCCUCCAACAUCACCAGUUUCUCUGUCAGAUCAUUCCUCAUCCCCUGCUUCUUCUUGUUCUUCGGAUUCAACUCUUAUCCUCAAAAGUACAAAGAGCAGAAAGAAGGGCCAAGAAGAGCUUGAUCGUGAUCAAGCAAAACAGAUGGUGUAUACAGUCCUGAGGUCAAACCCAAAGGGUGAAGAAAUCUUUAACGAAUAUGACAAAACUAAAACGCUCUCAGAUGCAACUCGUCGGCAAAUGGUCAACAUACUGGUCGCAGAUAUGAUAGAAUCUCAUGGGAGGAUCCCACCCAUAGGUGUUCGGACUAACUAUGCCCUGGGGAUUGCAACACUUUUUCCAUAUCUUCAGGAUCCAUAUUCAAAAAAUGGUUAUGGAUUUUUAUAUGUUCAGAAAAGUAAAUUCUUCAGCAUU